UUGAAAAGAGCCUUAGCCAGAAUGGGUGCCCCUAAUCUAGUCCCUGACAAUAUGGAUAACAGUCUAAGUUAUAGUGUAAUCACUUACCUAAAGAAACUCAAAAACCAGGCCAAGAUUGAGAUGGAUCGGUUGAUAGCGUCUGUUGGACAGAAGGUUCCUCUUCACGAGGGCAUUAAAGUGGACUCCAGAACCAAGACCUCUGUUCUACAGAGGCGAGACUUUAACCAGUUGUUACAGAAUGCAGGCGGGAAUCUCCAGAACCUGAAGCAGGAACUGAACGAUUACAACACGUUUACUGUCGCGGUGGCCGACAGGGACAUCAAACCUCAAUACUAUAGAAAUCCAUAUGAUAUACCUAGAAAAAGCCUUAUAGAUCAAAUAGCUAGAAUGAGAUCAAAUUUUCUACAAAAGUCCUACCAUAGAACAAAACUUGUGGAUGAUGAUCAAGCCCACAGUAUACCAGUCCAACAGAUGGGGAACUACCAGGAUUACCUGAAGAAACAGCCAGCCCCGCUACGAGAGCUGGAAACUUCUCCCGCCAGACUUCAUACCUUCGGAAAUCCGUUUAAGGUCAAGAUGAACAUGGUUGACGAGGCAGAUGACCCGACAAUAGAUAAACCAUCCAAGCGUCGGAGCUUAGAGAGUCCCUCUCCAGGUCCCAAAAAACGCAAAGUCGGUCCACUCCCCAAGGACUACGUGUUCAGUAGAUCCCCCACCCCCUCCCCACCUGCCUCUCCCAUACCGGACCAGAUGAUAGAGGAAGACUUCAGUCCAAAACCAGAACCUACAGAUUAUGAAGUGGAGGAGAACAAUGUGCCAGAACAAGAGGACGAGGAUCAGCCAUUAAUAAUCGCUGAACCGGAACAAAGUGACUCAAAGAAAAACCACGUUGGAGAAAAUCACCUCCCUCACGGAGAGUCUGAGGAUUAUAUGUUUAAUUCGGUGAAUUCUCGACAAAAGAGUGUGAACAAUAGUAAGAAAGACUCGCUAAUAUGGACACACAAUACACGCUUAAAACACACUGUGUACAAGGAACUCAAGAAACCAGGACGAAAUUACGACAACUUGUUUCACCAAUUAAAUUCAGUCCAGGGAAAUGUGGAACUUAAGUGCGCGUUUAUCAGUGAUGUCAUUCGUGAAGCCAGUCGCUUCAAGAAAAAGGUGCUAAUCCAAAUGUUGGAACAAUUUCAGAACUCGCUGAUGCAAGUGGAGGGGAGGAAACGUAACAGCUUCACCAUGGAAACCAGAUGAUAUUCAAUUUCUCAGACAAUUUCAACUUAUUGUGACAAGAUUAUAUUCCUCAAUGAUAACAGACGAAAUCAAUCUGUCAAAAAUUUACUUCAUUGUUGCAUUAUGAAUUUAUGAGGCAUAUAUUUAGA